UAAGCUUAUGCUUAUGAAAAAGGUUUCAAAUCGUAUGAGCUGCCAAUCUGCUCAAAGUUGUUUCAGCAAAUAGGGAUCUGUAGAAAACCUGCCUUAUCAUACAACUCAGGCAAGUUGACGUGUAUCCUUAUUGAUUUCAUAAUUAACCAUUUAAUGGUUUUUGUGUUGUGUUGGAGGUCUCAUGUUUCCACCAAAGUUUUAUCAUUUGUUCUGAAGUUAGUGGGGAUCUCAGUCGUUCAAAGAAAUCCUUCAUCUGGAAGUCUUUGAAGACCGCAGUUAUUAGUUUCUUGAGAUGUUCAUUAUACAUUGUUCUUGAAAACAUUAGCGAUUAUACGACUAAAUUAGAUGAUCAUUUUGCUUCCUACAUCAGGAUGGAUCCUAAUUUGUUUAUUUGUUCAAUCUAAUGUAGUAUGUUGUUUUCUUAUGCUGCUGCAAAGGGAAUUCGGAACGCUCCAAGGCUCUUUUACUUGUUCCCAUUUAAUGUGGUUAAAAUUGCAAUUGCUACUGCGAUCCUGAGGGAAAAGUUUGUGUAAAAUAACCAAAUUUAUAAAUGUAUAUUCAUUUGCCCCUUUUGGUAUAGCUUGAAUUAAAGCUAAGCACAACUCAAAAUAAAUGCAUCUCAUCAACUAACUUCUUUGUCUAGAUUGAUUCUUUUAGGAAUAAAUUGGGUGUGGCAUGAAGGUUUCAUGAUCUUCAAAUGCAUAAUUGAUGGCAGGGAUAAAGUCAAUUCUUUUUGCAUGAUCUGCAUAUUUUCUAGUCAACAGAAAACAAUGGAUCUCUGUGGAACUUGUCAAAUCUGUCUCAAUAAUCACCAAUAGUAUUUCAUCACGAGUUGUGAUGAUUCGCAGCAAAUAUUUAUGCAUCUCUUUCACACAUAAGAAUGAUGCAAUAUGUAUUUUUUUGGUUAUUGUCACUUUCCUAGUAGCUAGUAAAGGUAGAUUAACUAGAUGAUGUAGAUUUGAUAAAAGUAAAUUUAAAGGAUCUUUGCAUUUCCAAGUUGAAGUUUCUGUUUCUUGGUGUUGAAAAUGUGUGACCAACCAAACUAACAUCCUUACAAAGUGAAGGGAGACAGUUAGACAUGUUCUUGGUCACUUACAGUUUUCCUGGCCUCUUAUACAUCAUAAUGGAGGUCUCAGAGUACCUAAAUUUGCCGAGAUAUGGAAAUCAGCUAUGAGGAAGAGAGGGUGCUUUCAUUGCCCAUUACAACUUUAGAGAACACCAACAACAUUGAGAUUGACAUAGAAAAGGACAGGGACAUUCCACUUCCCAUUUUUCUCAAGUUUGCAGAUGUGGAGUAUAGGGUUCAUCAGGGGUCACGAAAUCCGGUAAAGGCUGUAAUGUCAAGUGUAGCCUCACAGUUGAGGAUGGAAAGAGGAGGCAAGCAAAUAUUAAAGGGCAUAACGGGAAGUGUAGGACCAGGAGAAAUCUUGGCCUUGAUGGGGCCUUCUGGGAGUGGGAAGACUUCUCUGCUAAAGAUUCUUGGUGGAAGGUUGCAUGGAGACAUUAAAGGGAGCAUAACUUAUAAUGAUACUCCUUAUUGCCCCCGUCUCAAAAAGAGGAUCGGAUUUGUGACCCAAGAUGAUGUGCUCUUUCCUCAUCUCACAGUGGAAGAAACUCUAGUCUUUGCUGCAUUCUUAAGGCUUCCAAGGAACAUGACUAGGCAACAAAAGUACUCUAGAGCUGAUGCAAUCAUCAAGGAGUUGAGUCUUGAAAGAUGUAGACACUCUAGAAUUGGAGGAGCAUUGGAGAAAGGCAUAUCAGGAGGAGAGAGAAAAAGGACAAGCAUUGGUUAUGAAAUACUAGUCGACCCCUCACUGCUGUUUCUUGAUGAGCCAACAUCAGGCCUUGACUCCACCUCUGCUAGCAAGCUCCUCCAUGUUCUUCUGAGCCUUGCAAGGGCAGGAAGGACUGUGAUCACCACAAUACAUCAGCCAUCAAGCAGAAUGUUCUACAUGUUUGAUAAGCUCCUGCUUAUAUCUGAUGGCUCUCCAAUCUACCAUGGAAGGGCAAGAGACUCUAUGCAGUAUUUCUCCUCCUUGGGAUUCGUGCCUGAGCUAGCUAUGAACCCUGCAGAGUUCUUGUUAGAUUUGGCCACUGGGCAAGUGAAUGGUAUCAGCAUUCCUGAAGCUUUGCGAGGUUCACCAGACCUUCAGGAGCUGGAGGGGAAGGUGACUAAGCUUCUCAAAUCAAAGUACAAGACAGAGAUCGAACCCAAGGAAAAGCAGGAACACCAAGGACUGGUCAAACCGUACUCAAAGCAAAUGCAGGUAGAAAUUCAAGUGAAAAAGGAUUGGACAAUAAGUUGGCAAGAGCAGUUUUUAAUAUUAUCAAAGAGAACAUUUAGAGAAAGGUGCAGCGACUAUUUGGACAAGCUGAGGCUAGCCCAGGCAAUUGGAGUUGCCACUCUUCUUGGACUUUUAUGGUGGAAGUCGAAGAUGGAUACAGAGGCCCAACUAAGGGAUCAGGUUGGCCUGAUGUUCUACAUUUGCAUUUUCUGGACAUCAUCAUCAUUAUUUGGAGCAGUUUAUGUCUUCCCAUUUGAGAAGGUUUACUUAGUGAAAGAAAGGAAAGCAGAUAUGUACAGACUUAGUGUAUACUACGCGUGUAGCACUUUAUGUGACAUGAUAGCUCACGUUACAUAUCCGACCAUUUUCAUGGUCAUUCUGUACUUCAUGGCUGACUUCAGAAAAUCAGUGGCUUGCUUUUUUCUGACACUCUUUGCGAUUCUGCUAAUUGUCCUCACAAGCCAGGGAACAGGAGAGCUACUGGGAGCAGCGAUUUUAAGUGUAAAACGAGGAGGUACAAUGGCCUCUUUAGUGCUUAUGAUGUUUCUACUCACCGGAGGAUAUUAUGUUCAGCACAUUCCCAAAUUCAUUCGGUGGAUGAAGUACAUAUCGUUCAUGCACUAUGGUUUCAGACUUCUGCUGAAGGUGCAGUAUUCUGGAGAUUUGAUGUAUGAAUGCCAAAGCAAGGGUGGAUGUAGAAGUCUGCAAACUUCCCCAUCUUUUGAUACCAUAGAUCUCAAUGGGGGAUUGUAUGAAGUGUGGGUUCUAAUCGCCAUGGCGCUAACUUAUCGGUUCCUAGCUUAUAUUUGUCUUCGCAGAAGAAUUGGCAGUCACCCUUUUUGAUAAGUUAGCAUAUUUGAGAUGCACACAAAAGCAUGUAUUAUUUAUCCCCCCACCAGUUUGAUGUUAGAGAAGUAUAUUACGUGCUUAAUUUGAGUUCAUGUCUAAAAUGUCCGUCAUAGGUUUUUCCCUAUUUUUGUUGAAGUUUAAUGCUGGCCACUUUGCAAAUGAAUACGAGUAAUAACCAUUUCCCCCAUUACAAUACCAUAUAUAUUUUGGAGAAGAAUAUAUACCUGUAAUGCUAUGUAUUGGAAGACUUCUUAUGAUGUACAAUACCACUAUCUUUUCCUUCUUAAUUUCAAUCUUCCUUUUCUUA